GGAGGGAGCACUGGAGACGCGGGGUAUGGGAGUCUCCUACUCGUCUUUGCCUUUGUACAGCGCCGUGAAAGGGUGAUGAUGUCAUUGGUUAAGUGAUGGUACAGCAGGUGUGAACACAAGGAAGGUGAACCCAGGCUGCGGGUCUCUAAUGAAGGUCUGGACUGUAACAGCCCGCUGGGGUCCGUGGUGGAGCCACUUCGCACCUCAUGAUGUCAUUGUGCAGCCUCGGGAUGUCACGGCGCCCCCCUGCAGCCACCUGUGCCACCACGCCACACUCAACAUGGCGCCCGCCACGCUUAGCACGGGGUCUGCGCCACACCCAAGAUGGUGAAUACGCCGCUCCCUCCUCCAGGUGUGGCAGAGGCACUUCCGGCAGACCCGAGAGCACUUCCGGCGGCUCCGGGCUCACUUCCGGCCAUGGCGCCCAGCGUGGCUGAGCGGCUCCUGGAGCGGCUGGACCAGGCCGGGGCUUCCGGGGGCCUCUGCAGCAUCGAGGCCGCCGCCGAGCUCGGAGUCGACCACCAGACGCUCGUGGGCGCCGUCAAGAGCCUGCAGGCGCUGGGCGAGGUGAUCGAGGCGGAGGCGCGGACGGCAACGCGAUGGGAGCUGAGCCCCGAGGGCGAGGAGGUGCUGCGGGACGGCAGCCCCGAGGUGCGGCUGUUCCGGAGCCUCCCCGAGGAGGGGCUGCCCCAGGGCGAGGCCAUGAAGCUGCCCGGAGGCUCCUUGGGCUUCAGCAAGGCCAUGGCCAACAAGUGGGUGCGCCUGGAUAAGGGAGCGCCCGGCGGUCCCCGCGUUCUGCGCGCCGUGCCCUCGGUGCAGGACACGGUGCAGGAACACCUGGGGCAGGUGAGGACGGGAGGGGCCCAGGCCCUGCCCGAGCGGGACCGCACGGAGCUCAAGAGGAGGAAACUGCUCCUGGAAACGACCCUCAAGUCCUACUGGAUCCGCAAAGGCAGCGCCUUCAGCACGGCCGUGGCGCGGCCGGAGACGGAGCUGACCCCGGAGAUGAUCGCCACGGGCUCCUGGCGCCAGCUGCCCUUCAAACCCUACAACUUCUCCUCCCUGGGGCUGCCCCCGGCCUGCGGCCACCUGCACCCCCUGCUCAAGGUGCGCUCGGAGCUGCGCCAGAUCUUCCUGGAGAUGGGGUUCACGGAGAUGCGCACGGAUAAUUUCGUGGAGAGCUCCUUCUGGAACUUUGACGCGCUCUUCCAGCCGCAGCAGCACCCGGCUCGUGACCAGCACGACACUUUCUUCCUGCUGGGUGGGUGCUGGGGGGGUCACAGGGACCCCUCUGACCCCCCCAGAGCCCCCGGCAGGGUCUGGGGGCGUAUGGCCAUGAGGGGGAACAGAGGAUUUUUUGGGAGCAUUAGCAGGUUUGGGGUGUCAGUGAGAUUUGGGGUGGUCAGAGCAGUUCAGGAGUCUCAGCGUCGUUCGGAGGGGUUCAGGAAGCCCAGAGCGAUUUGAGGGGGAUCAGAGCAGUUGUGGGGCAGUCCGGGGGGGUCCCACCUGCCCCCCCAUCCGUGUGUCCCCCCCCCACCUCAGGAGAAGUUCAGCCCCGUGAAAUAUUUCUCCAUCGACCGCGUGUUCCGCAACGAGAGCCUGGACGCCACGCACCUGGCCGAGUUCCACCAGGUCGAGGGGGUCGUGGCCGACCGGGGGCUCACCCUGGGCCACCUCAUGGGCACCCUCCGACAGUUCUUCACCAAGCUGGGGAUCUCCCAGCUGCGUUUUAAACCCGCCUACAACCCCUACACGGAGCCCAGCAUGGAGGUGUUCAGCUACCACGAAGGGCUGAAGAAAUGGGUGGAGGUGGGAAACUCGGGGGUCUUCCGCCCCGAGCUGCUGCUGCCCAUGGGGCUCCCCGAAAACGUCUCUGUCAUCGCCUGGGGGCUCUCUCUGGAGCGACCCACCAUGAUCAAAUACGGCAUCAAGAACAUCCGGGAGCUCAUGGGGCACCGCGUCAACCUGCAGAUGGUCUACGACAGCCCCAUGUGCCGCCUGGACGUGUGACACACCCCCACACCCCCCGGGGGUCCCCUCUUUUUAGGGAGGGGGUCCCCACUCCCAAUAAAGCCCCGUGCUCUGUCGUGCCUG